AUUUGGCAUUAUUGCCAUCACCAGCCAAACGAGGCUUUAGAGAGAGGAAAAGGUUUAGGGAAUAAGUGCACGGCAAGACCAGAAAAGUUGCUCCCUCGCCUCGCAGCAGCGGCAUCUGUCUUUGUUGUUAAGUCAUUUCCUAAGACGGCUCCUCUUAUUCUACGAUAAUCCAAGCUGCAGCGGCACCGCCCCAUGUGCUUUUGCCCUCCUCGCGUCAUACCUUGCCAGAAAUGGCAAAAAUAAAGGGCCCGCGUGUUUGCUUUAGUAUUUGCAGGGUCGAGAAUGUCAAGCGCAUUUAUUGCUCUGCCAUUUCACACCCGUUUCCUCCAAGAUCCAACCCAAACACGGUAUAGUUCCAUUUUUUUUUUAUUUGCUUUUUGCGAAUCAACGAUCAAAAGCUCUAAAAAUCCUUAAUGGAUUUUGUUUGCAUGCGAUUUGAAUCUUGUAUUUUCAUUGGUUCUUGAGGAAAUGAACGGAUUGAUACAUGUUUGGGUCGAUUAUGACAUUUGAUGCAUUUUGUGAGUAAAUCCCAACCCUUGAUGUGUUGAAAAACAAGGCUUAUUCACGAGAACUUAGCUUUGUCCCACAUCGGGGAGAUGAGGAUUUUGCUUGCAAUUUGGGGUUCUAUAAAUAUGAACCCCCAAAUCCCAUUGUUGGACAUCAUUCGAAUAUCAGGCUUCACUGCAUAUUCAUUUGAACUCGAAAUACUUAAGGUUUUUUUUUUCAUACAUUUGAAAACCUUUAAAUUAUUUGAGUUAAGUAAAAUUUUAAACUAGUUCUGUGCUUGUUCUUGUGUGGUUGGGACUGAGCGUGGAGCAAAAAGGAGCAUAGAAUCUCCCAAGUCCAUUCUCAACCAAGGUUGCGCAUCAAAAAGGUAUUCUUUGCCUCCCCUUAGUUAAUCUUUAUGUGUUAAUCAUUACUUGUGUUGUGCGAUCAUGCUUUAGGUAAUUUAAUUAGUUUAAUAUUGCUCAAUUGAGGAUUUGCUUAUAUUUAUUGGUUAUGUCCUGUAAUUGUUUUAGCUUAUUCAUGUGGUUAAGUCAUGUUUAGUUAUUUAGUUUAAAAUAAAUAACUUAUCCCUAUCCUUUUUUUUUAGAUAGCAUUAGAAAUAGGAGUUUUACUAAAUCGUACCUAUAUGCUUUACUAGGACUAGGUGUUGAUAGUUCUUGAUAAUCUUGUCAUGUGCUUAGUUAGGAUCAGGAAUUUAUAAUUUUUGUUGAUCAUAUCUAGUUGCUCACCCCUUUUUAGAUUAAAUCUUACCUCUUUGAUCAUGUCAAAAGGGAUUACCUGCUUAAAGAUAAUGUGACUCACAUUUUGUUAAAUAUGUUGAGGUUGAUUGACUCAUAAUCCCUUUUUAACCAUGCUCACAUAUUUUGGUUGAUUAUUUAGGACUAUUUAGACCAUACUUGUCUCAUUCAAAUCUGAUGCAUUAUGGUUUGUAGAAGACCUCUGUGUGUGAAUAAAAUCAUGUUCUCUGGGUUGAGCUUAUAAUUUUGCUUAAAAGAUGCCAUACCUAUUUCAUCUAAUUAACUACAAACUUGUUGCUUAUUGAUUGUAUCUCUUGUGUGUGUAUUUCACUAGUGUCUUUUCCUCUAUUUAUUAGUAAACAUCUUGAUUAUAGCUUGUAAACCGACAAUGCACUAUUGUUUUCCUUUGGAAUCUGGACUAUCUAAAAAUAAGACUAAUGUCCUGUCUCACUUUGUCAAGUAUUGGGGAUGAGCUUUUGUUUGCAUUUACUGGUGAUCAGUCAAAAUAUCCAGGCCAUUUCUUGUUUAAACUUUUAUGUAAUUUUUCCUUGAGAAUCUGCUUGUUGUCUGCUCCACACUAAGUUUGAACAUAGUCAAGUCUGUUUACACUUGAGUAAAAACAAAAUAGGAUUUAAAGGAUGUUAAACAAGAGGUAUGUCACUUAAAGUAUGAAGGGUUACAGGUGUGACUUACCUAGGACUAAGAAAGGAGGGAACAAGACUUAGAGUUUCUAGCCAAAUUUAGUAGUCCUUUUCCAUUUUGGUUGUUGGGGUUCCCCUAUAUGAAAUCAUACAUUAUGGGACCCUCUUGGUUAAUUAAAAGGGAUUAAUAUGCUAAGAUAAGUCAUUUUUGUUUAAACCAUCCUUUAAAGUUAAGUUUUCACCUCAAAAAGUAUAGAAAUCUAUAGCUUUCCCUUUCAAUCUAAACUGUGCAUUUAAAAUUGUUAAGUGUUGCCUUUGCUGGGUUAAUUGCCAUGGAAAUCCCACUCAUUUUCCUUUGUUUUGUUGCUGAUAUACUUGUUGGGGAUUGAAUGUAUACGAAAUAUACAUGACUUGUUUACAUCAUGAUGUAUACAGAGAAGUAUAUUUCGUAUACCUCAUAAACAAAUCUUGAAGUCUGUUUUAUUAUACUAAGUGUUGGGCCAUUUCUACCCCUUACUAAGUGUUGGGCCAUUUCUAACCCUUCUCUAAGUGUAGCCAUAUGAGCUUGUAUUAAAUCAACAUUUUUAUUUAUACUAGGCCUCAUUUAGCAAUGAUCUGUUUCUUUAUAUCUUGGGCCAUUUAUUUACGCUUAUUAUUGAAGAUUAAAAUUUGGGUUCUGUUUGCUUCGUAUAAUUUAAAUUAGGGUUUGUUCGUUCUUUUAUGUCUUGUUUGUUUGUGGACACGAAUUAUAUAUAUUCCCUUUUUUUUCUCUUCUACUCAGUAUAAACAACCUCUAAUCCUUAUUAUUUUAUGAUGCAUGUGAAAUGCCCCGAGCCAUUUGGGCCUCCUCUGCAUUGAACCUUGUUAGGUUUGAGGCCCAACACUCUUUCUUGAUCUAGUCUGAUGGGUGAUAGUGGAAGCUAAUACAUUGAACGCCCAGCCAUGAGUAAAAAUGACACUAAUAGGUUUGGGUAGACCCAUUAGUUAAAAUUUACUUUCUCUCUCUCUUCUCUUGUUUCAUAUGUAUUUUGUAUGUGUAUAUUUGAAACAGAUGUGUAGUAUAUUGAAACCCAUAUGGAUGUAGAACUUAGUAAAACACUUAGUAUUUAGGAAAGUCGCUCAAAAUAGUUUCAAACUCGGUUAAUUCUAGCUUUGCAUGACCAAAAUUGGUGCUCAAUCUAAUUUUGCUAAGUUUAACAAUUAACUCAAUGAUUUUUUUGGAGUAAACUAAAUGUUUUUCUCAAAUGACUAAGUAGAAUGUUUUGGGCCUUUGGCAAAAUCUGGAAACGAUUUACUUGAAAGAGGUGGAAAUGGUUUUGGGCCUUAAGCCCGUCGGCUUUGAUUAUUUGUAAGUAUGAUGAUGAGUUAAGGAAUGAAACAGAAAAUGAAUUUGGAUGGAAAAAAAUGAAAAAUGUGGCUUGAGGAUUAUUUUGAUGGCAAACUAGUCUUGAGACAUUUUAAAUAUUUGGGCAAAAUUCUGGAAAUGGCCUAAAUCUUGGAAAAUGGAAGGUUGAGAAAUUCGAGUUUAUGGAAAUGGACUCUUUUCGACUCAAACGUUUUGACCGUUGGGCUAAAUGCCUAAAACUUUUUUGGACUGAAAUAAGAAGCCUGUUUUUGGCCAAAUUGAGAUAUGAGGGACUUUAGACUUGAGAUACGGUUUGACCUUAUGGGCUUCAAGAAAAAAUGAUAAACCUUGGACUUAAUAAGAUCUUCCUUUUUUCUUAUAUAUAUAUAUAUAUAUAUAUAUAUAUACUAGUUUCACCAGGCCCGUGCUAAGCCCGGGCCCAACUCCAGAUAUAAAAAGUAAUAUUUUAAUUAAAGAAAUAAAUUUUAUGUUGAUAAUAAUUAAACUUCAAAUAAGUAUAUUUUCAAUAUAUAAAAUCAAAACUUUCAUUUCACUCCAAUAAUAUCUUAACUUUCAUUUUGAUGAAAUUAUUUACUCCAAAUUAAAUGCGGAGCCAUAAUUUGAAAUAUAUGAGCUUCGAAUCCUAAUUUUUUAAGUUAUUUAUUUCUAAAUUAAUAAUUUGCACAUAUUUAAUGAACUUUUAAGACAAAUACAGAAUUUGGACCAAAGUGCUACCGAAUCCGACCAAAUCGGUAGCUGAGACUCUAAUUCUGCCCUACUUCAAACUCAUUUUUUGUUUAAAAGAUUAAUUUUAGUUAACCAAAUAAGAGAUUUUAAAGAUAACUCAAUCUUAACUAAUAAUGUUGUCUUUAUUUUAACAUUAUAUGGCAUCAUUUAAUAAUUUUUAAGACUAUCUGAAAAUUAUUUUUGUACUAAUCUUGGUAAACACAUAUGAGCUCAUUAGAGUAUAAAUAUAAAGUAAAAGAAAUGCUUACAUGUAAAAAUCUAUAAUAAGCAACAAAUGAAAAUGAAGAGCAACAAGAAGCAAGAAUAUCUAGCGAAGAAAUGAUAAUUUUUUGGGUUAAUAGAUAAGAUCAAUAUAAGAAAGCAAUAGGGAAAAUAAAGUGCAGCGGAUGGGGUUGUUCUUUCCUUAACAAGGGGUUUCGAGGUCGAGCCUGGGAAUUUUUUUUUUGGGUAGGGAGCGCUCCCCCAAUUGGGCCCUAUGCUACACGAAUCUGGAUUAGGCGAGCUCCAAUGGGUACCGAAUACCUGAUAGAAAACAGGUAAAUACGAAAGAAUGUUCGACAGCUUUUAAAAAGUAGGUCAUAAGAACAAAAAAUAAAUUUGACUUUAAAAAAUAAGAUUAGGACCUAAAAGUAAUUAAUUGAAGAGUUUAAUAUUUAUUGGGAAAAUUUUGUGAGGACUACAAAAGUCCUUAUGUUCUCUCUUAUAUAUAAUAUAAUAGUAAUGUGUAUAUAUAUAUAUAUAUAGGAGAAUACUCCAUAUUUUCGUAUAUAAAAAUAAAAACCUAUAAGAACUAAACUCAUCUUAUUAGGACUAGAACAGUAGCGACUCUAUUCGGGAGAAAUCCCUGAUGUGUCCUAGUCUGGCAAUAAGGUGAGUUGAACACUUACGUGGAUUUUCUAACCCAAAAACCCCUUUUAAGGGAACUUUUUGCUGAAUUUUUGCUGAAAGUUAAACAUUUUUAAACAAAUAAAUACAGUUAAAUCACACAUUGAAGCUCGUAGGCAACUAUAUUCUACGGAUCUUUAAUACUAGGGUGCGUAAAACCUUCCCUAGGGAUCACCAGAAUCCUUACCUCGAAUUUUGGUCCAAAAAGAUUUUUACUUAUUUUGAAAAGAUCUUUAAACCCGAUUUUCCUAGUUUUCCAUAAUAAAUUAGGUGGCAACUCUAAAAAUACUAAAUCCAAUUAGAGCACCAACAACCUCGUAGUAACUUUUAUGUCUUACCCGCGUAAAAGCGAACCGUAACAGGUUCCUUUACCUGGAAAAUUGCAAUAUGCAAACACCUCAAAGUCAGAUAGAAGGCAACUGCCAUGACACAAACAUACCUGUCAUUUUAUUAGUAAAUUCAGUUCCAACAGCCAACAUUUUACAAUAAAUGCAAAGGACAACCAACAAUUUACAGACCUAUCAUUUAUGAAUGUUAGCCAUGAUAAACAUACCAAGACUAAACAUUACCAUUCCAAGACCAACAAUGGAUAUCAUAUCUAUUUAUUUGGUUAUAGUUGAAGGCAUCUCAUUGUUCCACCUGAAACCAUUGAAUCUUUUUAGUUUUAGAAUUAAUAGGCUAUGUGAUUAAAGAUUAUACCUUCUGGAGGGUUUACAGGAAAUAAACACAUCACUAACCAAGGAAGUAUACAAAUUAUUGAGAAGUUGAAUAUGUAAUAUCGUCUAAACUCCAAAUCACUAAAAUUUAAUCAAUAUUUAUAGACAUUAUUGUCGAACUUUGUAAAUGUACAUUUAUACAAUUGAACGUUCAUAAUUAUUCAAGGGCGUUUUUUCCAUUUUAUCCACAACGGCACAACUCUACAAUUGGAUUAGGGCGUUUGAACUGUUACGAAAUUAUAUAUUGAACAAAACAUUCAGUUGAAAGUAGAUGAGGGUAUUGAACCUUUUUCGAAAUGUAUAUUAAAGAAAGGCAUUCAGUAGUUGAACUUAAAGAGUCUAAAAGAAUUACCCACGUGCAUCUGUUGAGAGGUUUUUUGAGUCCUUUCCUUGAGCCGUGGGUAAUGCGUCUCUAUGGGACACUUAUUCGAACCCUUCAUGGCAUCAAAAUAAGAACGGCCUGCUAUUUUUUUGUUUCUCAGAAUAAAUUUGGUAAGCACUCAUGAUCGAAUUCUGCAUUAAUAACAGCGUUCUACCCAAACUGUUGACUCUUAGCCUUCACAAGUAUUCCGGCCAUCAAAUUGUUUACCCCGAAUUUGGAUAAUCAAUUGAAUUUAUAAAUGAGGUAUAGGAUAUGUGGUUGAGCUUUGACCUAUUUUGAUUAAAAGGAAAUGGACUAGGUUCAGCUACGAAUAAUCUGAAUAGUAAUUGAUGGUUUGCAACGAAUGUGUAUAUUUAAUAAUAUAUGGUACUGUUUGAUUGAACAAAUCUAAAGAGGAAUACAAUAAAUCCGGACCAAAAUCAGAUGUUAAGAGGGAGGGAUUUAUAUUUUUACUAUAUACAUAUAGUCCCCACACUUUCCGGACCGUAGUUUUACUGGAGUAACGGGAAAUGGAUGAAUCAAGAAAUCGGUGGUUCCAUUUGAACGUCGUUAUCUUUUCAUUUUGGCGUGAACAGUUGCGUCACGUCCCUUUGUCAUCGGCCACGUGUCUUAUCCGGGAUGGUCAGCACUGACAACCGCCGUCACGCACGUCGUUUGAAGUCACUUCUUAUUAAUUAUGGGACACGUGGCACUCCCCGGUUGGCUGGGAUCUGUAACCGCCUCGAUUCAUGUCUAUAUAACGUCUUCAUCAACUUCAUUUGUUCAUUUUACGACCUACUUCAUUCUCCAUUUCCAGUCCUUCACUUCAUCUUUCCAUUUUGUUCUUCUUCUUUUCAUUUCUCUUCAUUUCAUCAUCUUCUAACUUGUAUUUCUUGUUUGAUUCACUGCUGACAUUACGUGAACGGAAACAGUUUUGCUAACUUUUUCACUUAGCCAUUUUUGUUGAGUGUGCUGCUGCUUCUUCCUCUCGUUCUUUGCCAUUUUUGAAUUCUUUAACUGCUCCCUUACUCCACUUUUUAACUUCUUUUUCGAAUUCACCCAAUUUCUCUUUUCCAUAUUUUCAAAUGUCUGCCAACACCGAAACCACCUCCCAUGACGUUCCCUCGGUUUCUUCUCAAGAAACCGAGCCAACCUCUCAACCCAAGGGGAAGGUCACCUUCGAACCUACUGCUUCAGACAUUGUACCGGCCAAACCGAAUUACAACAAAGAUUUCGAGGUCGAGAAACCUUCUCUGGUCUCCGAUAGAGGGUUUGACGUAAGGCGGUAUCCCUUGUCCAUUACUGAGGAUAAACUCGAUUUAGUCCGGACCGAUUACGGAUGGGAUAACCGUUCGGUUCACGUUUUCGCCCCCGGACCAAAUGAGUCAGUCACCGACCAUCGGGAGGGCUUUUUAUACGUUUAUACUUAUCCUUUCACCCUCAAGCUCGACCCCCCGAUUGAUCCGAUCAUUUUAGAUAUGUGCCGGACUUACAACGUUACCCUGGCCCAGAUUGGUCCGAUAGUUUGGAGGAUUGUGGCUUGCCUCCGGCUGUUGGCCAAUAAUAUGAAAAAGGAGUUCAUGCUGGCCCAUUUCAUACGGCUAUACUCCCUGAGGUUGUUCCGGGGUGGUGUAAUAAAACUCGCAAAGCGCAAUCGGAAUCUGAUUUUUUCAAAAAUGGAUGAAGACAGAGACCAGGGAUGGUUGGAGCGUUAUGUCCGAGUGAGGACCGAGGACAUUAUUCCGGCCAGUAACAUGCCUUUCCCGGAGCGGUGGAAUGAUAAUCUCGUGGGUUAGAUACCUCCGGCUGUCCGGAAUCUCAACGAAUGGGUUACUGCUCUCCUCAGCCACCAUACCUACGACGUUCGGACAUGAGGACUCCUUUCUCGUGGCCGAUGGAUUGCUCAAAACCACGGUUUGCCCAAGGGUUCGGUGGAUCCGAGACCGGAAUCAGUAGCUGAACCCGCUACGUUGGCACCCGAUUUCGACUCAGCGGGUGUAUCCUGUAUCCUUGCCGCUACCAACAAAAGAAAAAAGUCCUCGGACAAAGGACAGAAACCGAAGAAAAGGGCGAGGAGCGUCGUUAGGACUUUAAGGGAUGAAGCAGAACCCGGGCUCCUAGUUCGGAGGAUCAGUGUGGCCCCUUCCGUGGCUUCCAUUCCGGGGGAGGGAAUCAUCGUUUCAUCACUUCCUUCAGCCGGGGAAGGACCUUCAGCUCGGCAUUAUACACAGGUGGGGAAGAAAUUCAUUACCCAACUCCUCUAAGGUCGAUUGAAUUCGUUGAUAUUUCAGGUGAUGCUUCUUCCGAAGAAACCCCUCUGCAAAGGACAUAAAGAUUUGGGAAGGCACCUGCUGCCGAAGCCGGUCAAAGGACUGAGCCGGUCCCUGAGACCGAAGUCCCCACGGAUGUUGGUCCGUGCAGCUUUCUUUCUCGCCCGGUGGGUGUGGCGAGCUACCUGAGGCCCCUUGUCUCGGACAAACGAAAGAUGAACGGAGUCCCUUGGCAGUGUCUCAUUAACGAGGGUAUGCACGUGGGCAAUCGAAGUGUGGUGCUUGUUAACGAAGCCUUCGUUCGUGCCCGGCAAGAGGUGGACGAUCUCAAGGGCCAAUUGGAUGCCCAAGGUCGGGAAACGGAAAAAUUUCUGCACCUUCUGCGGGUGAAGGAGGAUGAUUUGAACCGAGCAGUUACUCUUUCCAACCUCCAAACCAAGCUCGAUGCAACAAAGGCCGAAAACAGUCGAUUAAAGGGUGAGCUGGCCGAGAUGAUCGAAUAUAACCGGCUUCUCGAAGCGGACAAGAUCGGCCUUAGCCGAGACAACGCUCGUUUUUCCUCAAGGCUUGGUGAGUUCAAAACCACCAUCUCUCAACUCCGGGAGGAGCUGGAUUCGGUGAAGUCCGAUGCUACGAGAAUGGCCGAGAAGCAUCGGCUGCUCGAAUCUGAGAGUGACCGGUACCAAGAGCGGAUGAGGGUGUUUGAGGAGAAAGCAGAGAACAGGGCCCGGAUAUGUGAUGAGCUAAAAACCGAGCUCGAGGGGACGAUUGAUGCUAAUGACCUUCUCAAGACCGAGCUCGAAUCGGCCACUCAAAUGCAAAAGGUCCUCGAAGAAGAUCGGGAUGUUCUGGUGGCAAAUCUAGUCCAGGCCAAGGCCGAUUUGGAAGAAGCUCUAAAGAGCGUGGAGGCCGCCGAGGCUCAUACUACUAUUGCUGCGGAGUAUGAAAAGUGGAAGUCUCGGAGGAUCACCCUUGAGCAAGCCGAGCAUGGCUUUGUGGAUCUUCCAGCCCUGAUACUUGAAGCUAAAAGGGUCGAGGAAGAGGGUAAGAGAGCCCCCGGGGCUGAAUCCGUCGACUCCGAGCGGACAGUGUUCGAACACUCCGAAUCCAGCCAUACCGGAUAGACUAGGGCCUGUACUUAACUUUGUUUUUUUUUUUUUGCCUUUGUAGGGUUUUCGAUGUAAAAAACCUUUGUAUGAAUGGAACAUGCAUUUUUCUUGAUUUUCUUUAUUUUGUUUGAAUGUUUGUUAUGACUUUUGCCCGAAUUGUCGGUCCGUUUUAAGGAGUCAUUUUGCUCUUCAUCCGGUACAUUUUGUCCGGGAAUUUGAUGGAGUUUUUUGCCCUUGGGACUUAUCUAAUGCAUUGUGAAUUCAGACGUCUCCGAAUCAAGAUAGGUAUUUUUAGGGCCGGUAUUUUUCGGCUAUUGUUUAGGACAUCUGAAUCCCAGCCAUAGCUAAAUAUUAUGUAACAGUCCCCGUUCGAGGGAGUUUAGAGAUUUUGGCUC